AUGCCUGCGGUACUAGAGGAUCAUGGGAUCCGUGAUGUAUGGGCCUCCAACAUGGAGGAAGAGCUCCGAAACAUCAGUCGUGUGGUUAAGUCACACAGAUACAUAGCAAUGGACACAGAAUUCCCAGGAGUGGUUGCUAGGCCGAUUGGAGAGUUCAGAUCUACGCAAGAAUACACAUACCACCAGAUGAAGUGCAAUGUAAACUUGCUGAAGAUAAUUCAAAUUGGGUUUACAUUUUUCGACGAAAACGGCAACCGAGCCAAGCCAAUCUCCACGUGGCAGUUCAACUUCAAAUUCUGCUUAGGAGAUGAUAUGUAUGCUCAAGAAUCCAUCGAACUGCUGCGGAAAUCUGGCAUCCAGUUUGAGCGCCAUGAGAAAGACGGCAUGGAUCCCUUUGAUUUUGCAGCAGAACUGAUCGGAGCCGGUGUCGUUCUUCAACCAAAUGUUUUCCUCUCUUUUCAUAGUGGCUAUGACUUUGGCUAUUUCAUCAAGAUGCUUCAGAACAGUGAUCUGGAGGAAGAUGACGAGGAGUUUUUUGCAAAGCUGCGUCUACACUGUCCUGACAUCUAUGACGUGAAGUAUCUCAUGAAGUCUUGUAAAGAUCUCAAGGGUGGCUUGCAAGAAGUGUCUGAUUAUUUGCAGAUCAAGCGACUGGGGCCACAACACCAAGCAGGUAGUGACAGUCUUCUCACAGGAAUGGCAUUCUUCAAGAUGAGAGAGUUGUAUUUUGAAAACAACAUUGAAAGAGAGAAAUAUUCGGGACACCUUUAUGGCCUCGGCCCCUUUGCCUCAAGCGCAGCUAAUGUAACCAAUGGUGCUGGCUAUGGAGAAUAUGACACGUCAGCAGACAACGGUUCCCAAGGAGGCACAACAUAA